AUGGCCGGAGCGGUCGCGUACGAGGAGCAGCGCCGGCGGCAGGUGGAGGAGAACAGGCGCAAGCUCGACCAGCUCAAGCUGCACCACCUCUCCGCCGCCCUUAGGGACGCCGCCGCCGCCCCCAGGCCCUCGCCGGCCAAAUCUGCCAAGCGGAAGCCUCGAGGGCCGCCGCCGGCGGAUGCCCCGCCCCGGCGCUCCGGCCGCGUAGCCAGCCUCCCGGAGCAGCCCAACUACCGGUUCGAGGAUACCUAUGCUGACAUUGAGAAGAGUAUCAGGGGAAGCAGGACGCACAGCACAAGGACUGACUUGAUUGAUCGAGUCUACGCGACCGAAGAAGCCAGAACCCAUGCCACCGACAAGGCCGAACAGCUGCAGGCCAAGCUGGACCCCAGCCACCCCAGUUUUGUCAAGCCCAUGACCCAGUCUCACGUCACCGGAGGCUUCUGGCUAGGCCUCCCCAAGCAGUUCUGCACCAAGCAUCUCCCAAAGCGCGAUGAGUGGAUCACUCUGGUGGAUGAGAAGGGUGCCGAGUCCGAUUCGUACUACCUUGCGCGCAAGUGGGGCCUCAGCGCCCAGUGGAAGGCGUUCGCCAUCAACCACAAGCUGGUCGAUGGUGACUGCCUGGUGUUCGAGCGCAUCCACCAGACAAGGUUCAAGGUCCACAUUUUCAGACAAAGUUCAUAUUAUGAAUAA